AUGCCUUCAAUAUCCCACACUCUCCGCACUGCGCGCACCUUUUCGCGAAGUACAACAAAGACAUAUCUCAACCUCUCGCGCUCCUUUUCUUCGUCUCUCCGCCGCAAUGAGAUCAACAAAGUGUAUCCCAGCGCUGCAGCCGCCAUCGAAGACAUGCAGCCCAACAGUACACUGCUCUGCGGUGGAUUCGGUCUCUCUGGUGUACCCGACACACUGAUUGAGCAAGUCAAGAACACACCCAGAAUCACCGGCCUGACUGCCGUCUCCAACAACGCCGGAGUCGUAGGAGGCGGUCUCGGCCUGCUCCUCGAAAGCAAGCAAGUCAAGAAGAUGAUUGCCAGUUACGUAGGCGAGAACAAGGUCCUCGAGCAAAUGUACCUCACAGGAGAACUCGAGCUCGAACUCACACCGCAAGGCACUCUGGCCGAAAGAUGUCGAGCAGGCGGUGCCGGCAUCCCAGCCUUCUACACACCCGCCGCCUUUGGCACUGUUGUUCAAACCGGCGAACUAGCACUCAGACACAACAGCGACGGCAGCGUAGCCCAGUACUCGACCCCGCGCGACGUCAAAGUCUUCUCCGGCAAGUCGUACGUCAUGGAAGAAAGCAUAAAAGGCGACUAUGCCUUCAUCAAAGCCUACAAAGCCGACCGCCUGGGUAACGUGCAAUUCCGCUUCUCCGCCCAAAACUUCAACGGCGCAAUGGCCCGCAACGCCACCACCACCAUCGUCGAAGCCGAGCACAUCGUCGAUGUCGGCGAUAUCCCCCCCAACGCCGUCCACGUCCCCGGCAUCUACAUCGACCGCGUCAUCCAGUCCACCGCCGAGAAGAAAAUCGAAAAAGUAGUAAACGCAAAGGAUCCCUCCGAGGCCAUGGCUAGUCUGGGUAAGCGCGACCGCAUCGUCCGCCGCGCAGCCAAAGAAUUCAAAAACGGCAUGUAUGCAAACUUGGGUAUCGGCAUGCCCAUGCUCGCCCCUUCUUUCGUAGACGCCAGCGUAGAAGUCCAGCUUCAGUCUGAAAACGGUAUCCUGGGCCUCGGUCCUUACCCGGCAAAGGGACAAGAAGACCCCGAUCUCAUCAACGCGGGUAAAGAAACAGUAACCUUGGCUCCCGGUGCCUCGUGCUUUGGCUCCGAGGAAUCAUUCGGUAUGAUACGUGCGGGCAAGAUCGAUCUUACUAUCUUGGGUGCGAUGCAAGUUUCGGCGAGAGGUGACCUGGCGAAUUGGAUGUUGCCGGGCAAAGUUAAAGGGUUUGGAGGCGCAAUGGAUCUCGUGUCGAAUCCUGAAAAGACAAAGGUGGUGGUUACCAUGGAGCAUACGGAUAAAAAGGGCAGACCGAAGAUUUUGAAGCAGUGCGAGUUUCCGCUUACGGGCAAGGCGUGUGUUAGUAGGAUUAUUACCGAGUUGUGCGUAUUCGACGUCGACUUUACAGAAGGUCUCACGCUGGUUGAACUCGCUGAUGGAGUUACGGUCGACGAGAUUCGAGAGAAGACUGGUGCUGAGUUUAAGGAGGCGGCGGAGAUUAAGCCCAUGUUGUAA